UAAUGUCCUUAUAAGAAGUAGAGAAAUCUCAUUUGUUAGGAAACUAUUUGAAUUCUUCAUCUUCAUUACUAGUUUUCCUAGGUGUUAAUGAUGCUUAAAUAGAGGAAGUACAAUAACUAGCUCAAUUUAUUUAUAAACUUUCAUUCAAGUAAGUUCGUCAUGAAUAUUUUUUAGGAAUACUAAUAAAAAGAUUGUGCUCCAUACAAAAUAAACAGAGAAUCUAGUAGCAGUAAAUAAUAAGUUACUAUAAAAUAGGGUCAUUCAAUAGAAAAGGAUUUCGUGAUUGCUUAAAAAUUAUCAGCUGUAAAUUUUCCAGUUACUAAAACUUUGUUUUACUGUGCUGAUCAAUCUAUACUAGGGGUUCCUUUUUAUGCAACAGAAUUCAUAGAGGGAAGACUCUUUUCAGAUCAAAUAUUAAUAGGAAUGACAACUGAAGAAAAAAGAGUGAUUUAUUAAGAAGUAGCAAAGACAUUAGCUCAUCUUCAUUCAAUCAGUUUAAACUAUUUAGGGUUAGGUUAAUUGGAAUCGCAAACUAGCCACUAUUAAAUCGUAAAUAAGAAAUUGUAUAAUACUUAUAAAUUAAAUGAAACAAAAAUUUCUACCAACAUUGAAGAUUUAUUAUAUUGGUUGCCAUUGAAUUUACCAUAGUAAUCUGAACUAGAUAAUCUAUGUUUAGUUCAUGGAGAUUUCUCAUUAUCAAAGGUUCUAUUUCAUCCAACAGAACCAAGAAUUCUAGCUAUAUUAGAUUGGUAAACAGCAUAAUUAGGAAAUGCAUUUACUGAUCUAGCUAGUUUAUUAGCUCCAUAUUAUAUACCAUAUUCAAAUGGAAGACAUAAUGUUGAUGGAUGGUAAGGAGUAGAAAGAUUAGUUGGUGCUCCAAAUUAAUAAGAUGUUAUUAAAUCAUACUUUAAUGCUAGAUCAACUUAAAAUAUUCCAGAUAUUAGAUAUCAAAUUACAUUGGCAAUUUUGAGAAAAUCAAUUGAUCAAUAAAUUUUAUUUAAACAAACAAAAGAUAUUAAGUAUUUAAACAAUUCAGAAUUUUUAUCCAAAGCUGGAUAUGAAAUUGUAUUAAAUUUAACUGAUGGAGAUCCAUUUGGUAUAAAAAUGAGAGCAGCAAAUGAUAGUUCAUUAUGGUCUAAAUGGCCAGUAACUGAUAGAUGCAAAAGUUACUAUUAUAGAAUUAAAGAUUUCUUGAAAGAAGAGGUGUUUCCUAUAGAAAAAGUAGUUUUAGAUAAGUCAAGAAUAAUGCCAACUACUACUUAGAAUAAAGGAUUUCCAGAAAUAGAAGCUUUAUAAAGAAAAGCGAAAUCAUUAGGAUUAUGGAAUUUAUUUAUUUCUGAUCCAAUGUAUGGUAAAGGUCUCACAAAUCUAGAAUAUGUAUUCUUAUCAGAAUUGAUGGGACUGAGUUAUUUAGCUCAUGAAAUUUUUAAUUGUUUUGCUCCAGAGACUGGUAAUAUCAAACUCUUAAUUGGUUAUGGAACACCAUACCAAAAAGAGAAAUAUUUGAAACCAUUGAUUGAAGGUGAAUGUAAGUCUUACUUUGCUAUGACUGAAAAAAAUGUAUCUUCAUCAGAUCCUAAUAAUUUCAAAUUUACUAUAACUCCAACAGAAGGAGGUUAUAUAAUUAAUGGAAGUAAAUGGUUUGUUUCAAGUGCCCCAGAUGAAAGAGUAAAAUUUGGAAUAAUAAUGGGUAAAUCAUCUUAAGAUAUGUCAAAUCCUAUGGAAUCAUAAUCUAUGAUCAUAGUAGAUUUGCCAAAUCCUAAGAUUAAGAUAUUGAGAUAAGUAGGAGUCUUUAGUUAUUAUGAUGUUCCACAUAGUUAUGCUGAAGUAGAAUAUGAUAAUGUUUUCGUGCCUAAAGAGAAUUUGUUAGGGGAAUUGGGUGGUGCAUUUAAAAUGGCAUAAGGUAGAUUAUUAGGUGGAAGAUUACAUCAUUGUGUUAGAUAGAUUGGAUUGACAAGAAGAUGUUUAGAUUUAAUGAUGAGUAGAGCAGAAUAAAGAGUUAUUUUUAAGUAAAAAUUGAAAGAUAAUGCUGCAUUUUAAGAGAGAUUAGGAUAAGUUGAAAUUGCAUUUUAAAAUUGUAGAUUAUUAAGUCUUAAUGCUGGAUUGUUGUUGGAUUCAGCAGGAUCCAAACAUUUACAUACAUUCAUGGCUGUAAGUUAAUGUAAGGCUCAUAUUCCAAAAGCAUGUUAAAAGAUGAUUGAUUAAUGCAUCUAAGCUUUUGGUGCUGAAGGAGUCACUGAAGAUUAACCUUUAGCUAUUUCAUUCCGAUUUGCAAGAGCAAUUAGAUUUAUGGAUGGACCUUGUGAAGUUCAUUUAAGAUAAAUCGCCAGAUUUGCAUAUGGUAAUCACCUAUUCAAUGAUCUGAAUAAUGCUCAAGGAUAUGGAUUAGCUAAGUUAUGAU